AUGGCAGAAAGGGAUUCCAAGCCUAAGGAUUCGAUUUCAGGCUGCGCUAUUGUGGGCUUUCAUCAUUCACCUGUUGCAGUUUCUGAUCUUGUUUCCUUAGUUUCAAAAGAUUGCCUUUUACUUGAUCUUGUUGAAAUUGGUUACAAUAUGGUAAUACCCUUUGGAUUAUCCAGUUACAUUUUGUGGUGGUCACCAGUGAAUCUAGAAGGGAAGAGGGACAUUUUCUUCUGCUUGCCCAUUGCUGAAAUUUCCUUUCUUUCUGGUUGUGGAAUUGUGGGGAAGAUUGGGAGGUUGCUUGAUUUCUUAUGUUGGAAUUAUUGGUUCAAAGUUCUUGAAAAAGAUGUGAAAUCUCCAAACAUUUUUGAGCGAGCUAAGGAGGAGUUUGAGGCAGUGUUUCAUCAUGACAAAUCGCCUCGCCAUGACAAAGAAACUCAUGGGACAAGUCACGACAUUGAUGAGAAAACUCCAACUUAUGAAGUCAAAGGGCCAAAUGUGUUUGAACGGGUGAAGGAGGAGAUCGAAGCUGUUGUUGAGGCCAUUCAUCAUAAUAAAGAAUCGGAAUCUGGCACACCAAAAAGGGGUGGCUAG